GUCGUCGUUUCCUUCACCUGCUCUCCUCCUUCUUCAUCUCUGAACAUCUCUCCUUCCUCCUCCCUCACUCGCUGACCACAAGACCAUCACCAACAACGCCCUCACAAUGCACUCGAGCAUUGUCCUGACCGGUCUUCUGGCCGCGACCGUCGCUGCAGUUCCACGCGCAGAGAAGCGCUCGCUCUCCGUCUACAGCACUGUCAAUCACAUCACCAAGUACCGACCUUCAUCGCUCUGCACUGGCGGUGCUCUUUCCACCAAGACGGCCAUCAAGGACAAGACCGUCACCUCGACCAUCACGACUUGCUCCGCACCAACCACCGAGACCAUCACCGUCACCCCAGAGGCAGUGACGACAGUCUGCGGUGAUGACGCCGACAGCAAUCUGUUCGCACGACAGGAGGCAGGCUGUACCAGCACCACCACGGUAUCGGCCUCGGUCGCCACCGUCUUCACCGGACAAUACAAUCGCACCCAGCCGAAGCCUACUGCCAGCCCGCUCGAACAGAGAUCGCCUGCAUUGCUUCCAGGACUGAUCGGCUCAGUAGUCCACCGACUUGGACAGAGCCCUCUCCUCCAUUCGAAAGCCUUCGAGGUCGACUGUUUAAAGAAGGUCACUACUCAUGUCUAUGUCACCACGACCGUGGCCGAACAAGCAGUGACCGAAACCGUGACCGCCGAGACACCGAUUGUCUGUGUCACACAGCAGCCAGGCAAGGUACUGGCACCUGCAGACCUAUCAAUCACAACGACACUGAGAGCGCCCACAACUAAUGGCUCAGCUACUGGUGGGGUGUGCACUGUGACAGAGAGUGCUUCAUCCACCACUACACAACAUCUCAAGUGCGCUCCGACCAACCUCAUCUCCGAGAUUGGCGGCAAGGGCAUUGGCCAGACGCAAGGAGACGAGUCCAACACGCGUGGUCUGGCGCCUGGCAGCGACCCAAGCGCCUGCUGCCAACUCUGCGUCGACACCGACGGCUGUGCAGCCAGCGAAGACGACUGGAAGGCUGGCAACUGCUUCCUGUGGUACACUGAGCCUACCUGCGGUCUUGGCUUCAAGUAUUCGGACAACAACCAGAAUCUCGCGCCAGGAGCUGGCUUUCUCGUGCAAACAGGGUGUGGCUACAUUGAAGAGACUGAAGCGCCAACAGGCGAGUAAGUACUUUAUGCAUGAGUCGAUCACUGGGUCUUUUGUGGAGCACUGGCAGCGGAGGUUAUGCAUAAAGUAAUGAUGGGGCAGAGAUGACAGAAGCGCACGAACAACAGUCUACAUGAAACAGGGAAUUAAUGCAAAGAGAAAAGGAUGCCAAGAUUAGACAACCUGGCAGGCUGGAAUAGCUUCAGCCACGAACCAGGUAGCUGAGUGCGACUGCACUGAUGCAGAGUGAUACAAUCGAACCCUUCUUGCGACAC